AUGUCACCCAAAAGACGACUUUCCUCCAUUGAAAUCGAUGAGAUCGAAGAUAGCAAACCUUCCCUCACCCUGUCUGACACCGAUACAGACUCCAUGAAAGACAUCAAAACUUUCCUCAAACCAUCCACGCCUCAUUCAAAGAAAGCGAAAACCGAGCCUAUGUCUGCUACUCCAACUACACCUAAACCUAAAAAGUCUCCAAACAAGGCCAGUCCUACAAAAUCGAACAGCUCAACUCCAACUAAGGUACUUAAAGGUGGAAACACAGCUAAAAGUAUAUUAGCAGAGAUGAUCAUAGAAAUCGGAAUGAAAAGCUAUGAUAGGAAUUUAGUAGAAUCUGAAACUGGUCUUACUAAAGCUCAACAAAUUGAAAUGCUCAAAAAAGGUAGAGGUAGUUUAUGGAAAGCUUUGUACGGCCAUGCAUCUACCCUUUGA